UUAGACCACACUGUAAAGACGUAGUACCGAGACGAGAUAAGACGGAUAUUACAUUAAUUUCUGUAAUCAGUGCGUACUUUAAAAAAGUAAAGAGUUUAAUAUCAUUGUUUGUUAAUCUUUGAUACAACUUUUUGUUGUUAUAAUCUUAUUAUUAAUUCAAAUCAUUACAAUUCGAUUUGAUAAAAUGGAGUCUACAGAAGGAAAAAAUAAUAUGCCCAAAGACAGUCAAAUCAUCGUGUCAAUGAUGGAGGAUCUAGGAAUUGUUGAAUAUGAUCAACAAGUCUUAAAUCAUUUUUUGGAGUUUAACUACAGAUACACUACUCAAUUAUUGGAAGACGCUAAGGCAUUGUCAAACUCGGCGGAAAAGAAGAAUGUUGAUGCUGACGAUGUGAAACUAGCAAUUCAAAUGGCGCAAGGCGGAGUGUUUCCUGGACCUCCUCCGCGCAAAGUAUUAACGACAGCAGCCAUCGAAAUAAAUAAAAUGCCAUUACCCCCACAAAGGCAUGCCAGUCAACUGCGAAUUUCACACGAUAGUCCAAAUUCCGUAAAGACAAAAUACAGGCUUAGAUAUGAAUCGCCUGUAUGUUCUGGAGAAAAUAUGCCCAAGGAUAAUAAAACAACAGCUGCAGAAAUGUUAGCGGAGUCUAGAAGAUUAUAAAACGAACAUAAACCCUUGCCGCAAUCCAGUCAAAAUAAAAAUAUCACCGGAGGCUGAAUUUCAUGAAAAUUUCAUCCAGAUUUUCAACGAUUUAAUCUUUAAAUAUCGUCAAAGCAGUCAUGGAAGCACUCGAGAAAAUAAUAAAGAUGAAAUUAUGGAUGCUUAGACUUAUAAAAACCAUUCAUAUUCUGAUACUGAAUUCAAUGAUACUGUCGAAAAUGAUAAAUAAUUGUAUUAUAUAACAUUAAAAUAUUAUUAUCUAUGUUUUAUGUAUUUAUAUCAUAAUCAAUACAUACAUUUAGUUCUAAUUAACGAUAUACUUAUUAUUUUUUAUGAUUUUACAAUUAUAAAGAAUAAACCUAAAGUAUCUAAUACUAUUUUUAGUUCUUAAGUAUUCAUAAUACAUUUAACUUUUUAUAAUAAUUACACAAUUAAUAAUGUUUAGUUAAGUUAAAUGUGUAAACAUGUAGUUAAAAUAUUAUUACUUCACUAUUAUUAGUGUUUUUAUCAAAUGUAAACAAGAAAACUACAAUUAAUAAGUUUCAAGUACCUAUAUUCUAGUUCUGGUUCAUAAAUGCAUUUGAAGAUAUCUCUUGAAUAAUUUGUAAAUCUAUAGGGCAGUACCUAUAUCAUGAAUAACCAUUUUCAUGAUUUCAUCAGUACCUACAUAUUUUGAAAAGUAGAGCAAGAGUUUUUAUAUU